AGGAAAACCCGCACCUAAAAGCAUCUCUGCGUUUUGGUCCUCAUCUCUCUCGCUAUGAAAAGUGUGGUGGUUCUCAUCUUGCUGUUGUGCAGUACAGCUUUAUGUGUGCAAGUCAAGGAUGGUGACAGAAGCUUCCCCUUAGAGGCCGUGAAGCAGCUGAAGGCCUUGAUGGACAGGGCGGGGGCGCAUCUCGGUCCGCAGCUCGCUCGCAGCCGCAGGGUGCUUGCCGUGUGCGCCGACCCCGUCUUGCCACGGGUCUUUUACCCCGUGUGCCGAGGCCAAGGUGCUGCAGGGGUCUUCUCCAGACUUGUGAAUGUUCUCAUAUCUUCUGACCCGUGUGAGAUAUGCGUCAACCCCUCGUGCUUUGGCUGUCUGCGCUGAGGCUGACUUUGUAAUAAAUAAUCAUCAUCUGCAAGAAACAAGAAAAUAGUGAGACUUUCCAGAAUUGCAAUGAUUCUUUUUAAUGGUCAACUCUCAUAUUAUGUUGGCCUCUUAAUGCAUUGAUGGUAAUGUCCUGAUGAUAAAAUGUGCUUUUUUUGCAUACCUGAUUGCUGGUUCCCUUGUAUUUGACACUUUCUACUGUAUAUCUGCUUAUAGUGGUGAAACCACAUUAAAGGUUUA